UCCAACAUGGCGGAAGAAAGCUAUAGUGACUUCGUAGCUGGUGAUGAUUUUGAUCUGAUAAUGGAAUUGAUCGAUGAAGGGAUACUGGACGAUGAAAUAUCUAUUGGUGAAGAGGUUGAACAAGCUAUUCUAGAGGCUGAAACCAUAAAAGAUGGGUUCAAAUGUGAGCAGUGCUUGAAAGUUUGCAAUUCUAAACGCGGACUUUCAAGGCAUGUUAAUUCGAAACAUGAGCAACAAAAAUGUGAUGUGAAUGAUAAGGUCAAAGAUUCACCUACAAUACACAAUUUGCAACUGAAAGGCAUAAUUGAGAAAGCUGCUCAUAAGCUUAGUCAGGAUGAAUGUUUCAGUCUCUUGGAACGUGAUAAAUUUGCCAAAUUCUCAAUAACAGUUGAAGAAUGCCUAUUGAUCUGGGACAAAAUCAUCCCAAUUGUUAAAAAUUUUAAUGGGAAUGAUGAAAAAUUCCUCAGUAACUUUUUCAAGCUAAUGCUACCAAAGCAGCAAAUUUUCAGUGGGCUACCAGUCCUCCACUCAAAUUUGCUGUGUUCAGAGAUGGCUAGCUUAUGUCUGAAGUUUUUGAUUCAGCCAAAGGAUGCUGGUCAGCAAGGGAAAGAAGAGAGGUUAUUUUCUUUUUCUGAAAAAGAAUUGCAUGGUCUGCAAUAUCUUGCUGGAUAUUGUUGUCGUACAAUUUACUGUAGAUUGCGACGGUCCCAUUCUUGGAGGUCUUUAGCCACCCAACAAUCUUUGGCAAUUUUGAUGGCUGCAAAAUGUAUAGAGGAUGAUACCCAGAAACUUGUCAACAUUAGGGACCGUGGUGCACUAUGGCGAGUAAACAAAAAGGCACAGAAGAUUUUCAUGGUUUGCGAGCAAUAUUUUUGCACAAUAACAUCAAAAUCAAAGACAUGCAUAGACAGUACAUUAAUGGUUAAAAAAGUAAUGCAGGAUAACAUUGUCCAAUCAAACUUUAAAGAUAUAUGCAGAUCUGCUGAUAUUGUUGUUGACAAGGAAGUGAGCAAAAACUUGCUUGAAUGUCUAGUCCUACUGUAUGUGAGGGUUAGGGCACAUUCUCAUGCAAAGUCAUUGAAAGAAAAACACAAGGCAGCUAAACAAAGAACAAAGCAAAGAUCUUUACGCACAGGAAUUAAACAGUCUAGCUCAAGCACUGACAUGGGACAUUGAGAUAAAUUUUGUGUGAACUCUGUAACAUAACUUAUUAAAACUAAAAAUAAGGUCCAUAUAAAGCUUCCAUACAAAUAAUUUGAUAAAUGUGUUGCAUCACAAGCAUUAAUUAGAUGUUUUAUUCUCUAUGGUU